CUAAGAUGUUAAAGUAGGAUAUUAUUCAUCACGUCACUAUAUUAUAUAAGGUGUUCGUCCUAUUACCCUAUUCUUGGAAAUGCAUGAAUUAUACACCACUUACAUGUUGAAUUUAUUUUAAAGGAAGAUAUUUUUUGUCAUCGUUAGCAGUGCGUGAAUUCAAUGACUAGUAUCUGUAUCAUUCAGCUCCCGGAUUCAAAAGAAAGUUCUGUUAUUAGUCUAUCGAAGUAAAAAUAAUCUCACCUAAGAAAUAUUUGUCAACGUAAGCAGAAUGUCAAGAUCGGAGUUCAUACCUAAUAUAAAUGAACGCGAAACCCUGGAACAUUUUGCUGCACGAUAUUUAAAGAUGCCAGUAAUGUUUAAAGCUCGGAUGAACCAAACCAUUCAGCAUCUCUAUUUACAUCUAGAAAAACUUCCAGGAUUCUCUAUUGACCAUAUCUUCAGGGGCGGAUCUAUGGGCAAGGUAACUGCUGUAAAAACUAUGGCAGACAUAGACCUUAUAAUCUUCUUCAAAGGAUAUCGAAGUAUGAGUGCAUUCAUUAAAGAUAAAGACACCCUAAUCCUGCCAGCUAUCAAACGUCAUUUAACCAAGGACCCUGUGUAUUCCCGGCAUUGGAAAUGCACCAGCACUUCAAAAGGAUAUCAUGUUACAUUAGAAAUGGACGAAUAUAAGAUAAAGGUCGAUAUUGUUCCAGCCAUUAAAGUAAUUGGAGCUACGGGUGAUAUGACGAAAGUGUAUGAAAAGCUAGCAUCAGAACCAGAAAGAGCACGACCUCACUAUUCCGCAUGUCUGGCCCCAAAGCAGUGCAAAUUUAUGAACAAUCAACCACAGCAAGUCAAAACUCUUAUUAAACUUGUAAAAUAUUGGAAGGAGUCCAACAACUUAAAAUUAAAGUCGUAUCUCUGUGAAUUACUGGCAGUGCAUGUUUUUAGAAAAGACCUAGAUAAGAACACAUCAUUUAAACUGAAAGACGGCAUGAAACAUGUUCUAAGAUAUCUAAAGACAUAUGAGACACUGAAGAUAAAAUUCAGAGAUUAUUACGUACCUGACCACUGGAAACAGUAUCGACCAAGCCAGCCUUAUGUUUUAGACCCAGCAAAUCCUUUCAUGAAUACCUGCACAGCUAACUCGAGUGAAGUCAGCAAAAUCAAAACUUGUGCUAAGAAGACUCUAUCAGCACUUAGAUGAGGGCAGGUUAGGUUGAUCUAUCUCAGAAGCUCAAUUGCUUUCUGGUUUUGAGUUUGGGUGUAUUUCAUAUUGAUGUGAAAGCGUAUAUACGCAGAGUGAAGGUAUGGGAUUUUAAUGUCCAGAAACCCUGACUGUUCUUCGAACCAUAAGUUAUAAUUAUGUCGUAUUUCGGUAAUUACGAGACUUUUGUCGUGUCUUCGGUAGUUACCAAGAUUAUUAUGUAUAACACUAACAGAGUUGAAAAGAUAAAGAUAUAUUCAUUCACACCUCUCAAUUAUUGAAAAUGCAAUGGAAUGCACACAUGACCAAAUUUUAUAGUGAACUAUGCUAGGACCUAGGCCAUUUAAUGGGAAUUUCUUAAUAAAUUUUGUAAAUUAUGUAAUUAUAUGUGUAAAUGGCAUUUUGAAAUGGCAUUUGAGGUGAUAUUUUAUAUUUCUUUUGUAAAGUAUGUAAUUUUAUUGUGAACUAUGCUGAAUCCUAAGCCAUUUAAUGAGAUCUCCCUAAUAAAUUUUGUAAAUUAUAUAAUGUAUGUUUAAGUAUGUUGAAAUAAUAUUUUAAAUGAUAUUUUAUACACAUUGCUUUUCAAAAGUAUGUAAUUUUAUUGUGAAGUAUGUUGAAACAACGCCAUUUAAUGGUAAUUCCCUAAUAUUGCAUUUCUAAAAUAUGUUGAAAUGAUAUUGAAGUGAAAUUGUAUACACAAAUUAUUUGUAAAGUAUGUAAUUGUAUUGUGAACUAUGUUGAAACCUACGCCAUUUAAUGGAAAUCCUUAAUAGGUUUUGUAAAUUAUGAAAUUUUAUGUGUAAAUGUUGAAAUGACAUUUGAAGUGAUAUUUUAUACACAUUUUUAUUUAUUAAAUAUGUCAUUAUAUUGUGAACUAUGCUGAAACCUACGCCAUUUAAUGGGAAUUCCUUAAUAGGUUUAGUAAAUUAUGUAAUUAUAUGUCUAAAUAUGUUGAAAUGACAUUUAAAGUGAUAUUUUAUACACAUUUGUUUUGUAAAGCACGUAACUGUAUUGCGAACUAUGCUGAAACCUAUGCCUUUUAAACGGAAAUGAGUAUGCAAUUAUUUGAGUAAUAUUUUUUAUUCACAUUGAUUGUAAAGUAUGUAAUUAUAUAAAUAAAACUGAUAUUUGGAACUGGAACUUAUAAAAUAACAGUGAACGUUGUAUUGCGCUCACCAUGGCAGGGGGUGGAACUAGGACUUACAAAUUUUAAUACAAAUAUAUAAUGAUCGUAAUUCUACGUUCAUCAAAAGUGGUCUAAUUCCACACCACAGAGGGGUUGAACUAUGAUUUAUUUACAUAUAACAGUGAUCUUAAUUCUACGUUCAUCGGGGGUGGGAUUAGGACAAUUUUUACACACAUAGUUCGAGAUCAUGUUCUAUCGACUACCAAAGAAACCAUACAUCCGUAAGUAUUAAGGUUUUAUUGA